GAUCAUAUCUCUUGUUAUGAAUUAGGAUACUGUAUUGUUUUCCAUACUAAUAAUAAAUUGGAUGGUGUAUAUUCAUCGAAUUUCGAUAUACAGAUCUAACUACUUCAUGAAGUUUAUACAAAGUCAAGUGAGAGAAAUUAACGCAUUCUUGUCGCGUCAUUUGCGAGUUUACAGUUUAUUCUCAUGUGUUAUAUGGUUAUUACUUAUCGGUGCAUUCUUGCGCACAACUUGGAAUCUAUCCUAUAUAAUUUGGAAUAAAUCAAGUUAUGAUAAUAAUGCGAAUUUAAACAAUUAUGAUAAGCGUUGGAAACCAACUAUUCAUACUGUUUCACGACUAACUGAUGCAAUGCUUAAUUUAUGGCCUGUGUAUAUUGCGAAAGGUAUUUUGCCACCAAGUGAUAUAACUUUGAUUAGUUUCAGUAGUCAGUCACUGUUUCCGUUUGAUAGUCAGUUAAAUUCUGUAACAGAGUUCGAUAAACGAGAACAACACCGAGUAUUAUUAACUAAUAUAUUUCAUGGCUUGAUCACUCGAUUAAUAUGGAUUUAUCCAUCCUGGAAACAAUCAUCUUUCAAUCAAUUUUAUAAGAAAUCACAAUUUCAUGUUGGUUUAGCUCAGAUCAACUUACUGGAAGAUGAUGAUUAUAAUAAUAAUACUAAUAGUAAUAAUGACUUGAAAUCUAAUUUUCCAUCAAGGAUUACAACUUUUUGUUUAUGUAAUCCGGCUGGAAACUUUUGCAGCUUACCGUUGUUAUCCUCAUCAAAAAUUCAUAUAUCAAGACAAUCUUGUUCAGUGGCUAGCAGUUUUAUAUAUGAAGAAAUUAUUGAUGUAAUGGCCGAAUCAAUUUUAUCUCAAGAUGAAAAUGAACGUUUGACGAAGGAUUUAAUUUAUUUGUUUUCACGUGAAUCGUAUUUUCAAUCAGACAAGUCAACACUAUCUAAAACAUCAUCAUCAUCACCAUCUCAUACUUCGUUAUUUCGUAAUAAACGUACUGUGUGGAUUAAUAGUCUAUUCAUAUUACACAUAGAUAUGAAUUAUUUUAUUGAAUCUAUUACAAAAGUAAAUAACACGUCGUCUGAUUUGUCUGAAUGGUUUACUGAUUAUAUUCGUAUGAAUUCAUUAAAUGACAGUAAUGUUGAUUUCAGCACAUAUGAACCUCGAGUGGAAAGUGCUUACUUAAAUUCACAUAAGAACGAUAAACAUAUUGCUGAUAAUAAAGAUAAUAACAGUAAUGACAAUCACAUUCCAGUUAUACCAGCUUCAAUAAUUCAUCAGUACACUAUAUUAUUAAAGGAUGUGUAUAAUAAAUUAUCAUAUUUAUCAUUAACUGAACAAAAUCAUUUAAUUAAUGAUAUCAAUCAAUUCAUUAAUUCAAUGCUUCAUUUUAUAACUACACAUGAUCCGAAUCUGUUAUCAUACUGGUCAAAUCAAUCAUUGAUAUCUAGUACAUCUUGUUGUUAUUUAAAGCCUUCUAUUGAAUUAAUUUCAUUGAAUUCAAAUGAGAAUAUAUAUGUUUUUAACCAAUGGAAAAAUAGAUAUCGGAUAGCAUUUUAUUAUCUUGAUAAUUAUUGUGCAUAUUCGGAUGCAAUGAUUAAUGUUUUAUUAAAUAAACCGACAAUUAUGGUUGGUGCAAAAAAAGAAUUAUCAAGUUUAUGGAGUUGGUUGUGUACAUUGAAUACAGUUACAUUAAAAUUCAUCAGCCAAUUUGUAGUCUGUACCUAUCAAAGUGAAAAUCAUAUGCAAUCAAUUGGUUUGUGUAAUCGCGAAAAAUCCUCAUUAAUUUCAUUUGAUGAAAUACCUGUAAUUCAAAGAAGUUCUCUUACGUUAUAUACAUUAGAAAGCGUCAUCACAUGUUUACCUCGUCCAUUAUAUGUGAAUUUAGUAAUGCAUCCAUCAUGGGAACAACUUAUUCAUAAAAUGCAUCUGUCUACUGAAUUGUGCAAGAUACUCAAUGAAUCUGUUCUAAAUAAACAGGAUAACCUUUCACGGAAGGGGGACAAGGGGUGAAGGAUAGAAAAUAAACAAAAAAGUCAAUUUAUCACAAUCAUUUCUGUCUAGUCAAUUUGAUUUUUUUUUACUGAUUAUUAGUUUCAUUUAUAACAAAUACAGAUAUAAUUCAUUAUUAUCAAUAGAUUAUUGAAUUAGUUUCGUCAAUCCUUUAAAAAGAGAAUAAUUAUAAUUUAUACUUUAUUUAAAUAUCAUCUUAAAAUAUUUAUUGUAUACAUAGGUAUAUAUCUUUUAAUCUCUCAUUGUUACUCUUCAUAUUGUACUCACAAUCAUUAUGUAUGUACAAAGAAAAUGCAUAUAUACAUAUAUCGGUGUUGGAGAUUCUCUUUAAUGCUUUUUUAUUUUAAAUGUACACUUACCUUUUUGGCUCAUUGUUAAUUUUGCAGGUUUUUUUAUAUUUUUGGAUGUAUUUUGUGUAUAUGUUACGUAAUUAAGUUAUUUAUCUGUGCAAUUUACUUUCUUAGUUAUUGUGUUGUAGAUUAUUACUUAAUUUAUGUAUCUUUCAACUAAUGAGCUAUAUGUAUGUAAUCUAUCCCAAAUUUAAAAAUCUUGGACAGUUUUAACAUCAAAAAUUUCUGCCAACUAAUGACAUAUUGAAAUAUACAAAUUUAAAAA